AUCAGAGACUGACUGUUAUAAGACCUAGACAGGCGGUAGCUUCUUAAUUUGCGAGACCUUACAUUUUAAACAGGGGGAAAAAAGAUCCUCUCACAACUAACUGUGGACCUCACCAGCAAAAGCUGCUUUUCUUUUUGCCACAGAAGCAAACAACAGGAGCGCAGCAUGGGAAAGCAGUGAGCAGCCGGAGACGAGCGGGAGCGCCUCUCCAGCACGCUCUUGACUCAGAAAAGCAAACACCACCCAAGGACGAAGUGGUCCGAUGGAGGUGACUGAGGCAAAGGCUGGGAAGCCCCUGAUUUCACACCAGCACGGGCAAGGGCACGCAGGGAUGAGCGAGCACUGGAGAAGGAGCCGCACGCCUGCUCCUGCACAGCCCUGACACUUUGGGAAGCAGAAGGUGCCCAGCCAGCGAGGUCUGCCUGGCCACGGGCUCAGCACAGCCCUGGGACUGCCCCAGCCCUGAUCUCCUCUUGCUGCCUGACUCCUGCAGCUUUCUUCCCAGGAGCAGGUGAGAGGGAUGAGCUUUGCCAAAUGACAGAGAAGGCACCGACUCCACACGGAGCGUCCUGCCCUCAUGGAAAUGGCCAUCAUGCCCCGGCAGAGUCACGGCAGCCAAGGAUGCGCAGGCAGAGCGGAUUUCAAGAAGAGCUUUUAUAAAUGUGGGGAGAACAAGGAGCUUCGUGAAAUAAAGUUUGGAGAGAGAAAGCUCGGCUUUUUUUGGGUUGACUUUAUUCAGAGGGUCUUCACACCCACUUCCUUCUGACAGCUUGUUUCUGUGUAGUUGCUGAAUUCUGGUGCUUUGCCUCUAUUUAAAAACCAAAAGUAAUUAAAACUUCCUGGGAACUGUGAAAGCAGCAAGAAAUACUUGGACACAUUGAGAGACGAGAUAUUUGGAAGCCUUCUGCUGGUAGAUAGGCUGUUUUCCCAAAGGUGGCAGCUACAGAAGUUCGUAGAUGAGAGGGAAAAUCUCCCUGUCGCAUCCCAUUGAAAUCUCCAUUUUAGGCACUGCCGCUCCUCUGCUGCUCAGAUUGCAUCACCGUGCUCUGGAGGGAGCCUGCAGCCAGUGCUCUUCAGAUGGGAGCAUGGGAUUUACAGCAUGGGGCCCAAGAGAGACAAGGAGCACAGCCAUGGCAAAGGAAAGCAAAAGGCUCAGCAUCCUUCCCACCUUCAAAGCUGGUCCUUCCAUCGUCCCACUGCAGCGAGCAGAGCCAACACUGGGCAACCCUCUAAAAUGUUUAUUUGGACCAGUGGCCGGGGAUCUACAUCUUACAGACAUGAUGAGAAAAGAAAUAUUUACCAAAAAAUCAGGGAUCACGACCUACUGGACAAAAGGAAAACAGUGACAGCCCUGAAAGCUGGAGAGGACCGGGCCAUUCUGCUGGGGCUGGCCAUGAUGGUGUGCUCUAUCAUGAUGUACUUCCUGCUGGGAAUCACGCUGCUGCGCUCCUACAUGCAAAGUGUCUGGACAGAAGAGACUCAAUGCUCGCUUCUCAAUGCAUCCAUCACAGAAACCUUUAACUGCUCAUUUAACUGCGGGCCAGAGUGCUGGAAAAUCUCUCAGUACCCCUGCCUGCAGGUGUAUGUUAAUCUCACCUCUUCUGGCCAGAAGCUUCUACUCUACCACACCGAGGAAACAAUGAAAAUUAAUUCUGAGUGUUCGUACAUCCCCAAGUGCGGGAAGAACUACGAAGAAUCCAUGUCGCUGGUGAAUGUGGUGAUGGAAAACUUCAGGAAGUACCAACGCUUCUCCUGCUUCUACGACCCCGAGGGCGUGCAGAAGAACGUGAUCCUGACCAAACUGUACAGCUCCAACGUGCUGUUCCACUCCCUGUUCUGGCCCACCUGCAUGAUGAUCGGUGGGGUCGCCAUCGUCGCCAUGGUGAAGCUGACUCAGUACCUGUCCCUGCUCUGCGAGAGGAUCCAGAGGAUCAGCAGAUAGGAAAGGACACUCCUCCGGAAUUUAACCACAGCGAAAAUACUGUUUUUUCUCAUUCUUCACCAAAGAACCUUAAGUUUGUAAUGUGCAAGUCUGGUAUGAGUUCCUUACUAUAUUCUUCUAAGUAGAGCAAUAAUGCAAAAGCUGUUCUAUAUGCAAACAUGAUGUUAUUAUUAUGCAGACAACUGAAGAAGUUACUGUUUUGUGUUGACCGUCUCUAUGAUCUUGUUUUAUGCUGGGAUUAGUACUUUCUUUUCUACAGCCAAGAUAGGGCUCAGUGUGACCAUUGGCCAAGCUUUAGUCAAUUGAUGUUUUCGGUGUAAAAGAUUCUGGGGAAAUUCACUGCUGGACAAAGGGCAGAUGACCACUUGUGCAUCAUUGAGGUCUCACACCUGGCUCAGUCCAUUGGAUGGAUUUGUGGCUUUGGCAUUUUAAAUACUGGCUGCAGAGGAGGGGGGGGAAAAAACACUGAUAAGGGUUUUUUUUCAUGGUAAGAUGGCACAAAAAGGAUGUAUUUUGAGGUCAGGUUGGGAUAAACAUACAGUAUUUUCAUCCUCAGCAGGACUUGGUGAUGCUUUGUGUUUGCUCCCUCAGUUCAGAAGUCAAUUGUACCCUAUGGUGUUUGUAAGGUCUUUUGGAAAACACUUUGGAGUUUUAUUUUGUGUAGUGCUAUAAUUUUCUUCUGUCUUAUCAACAUAAGUUUUGUCACUUGCAGAAGCUGUAGCCAAAAAGCAAAAAAACACCUUGUUCCAUUUUGUAUUCUAGUCUGAGCCCUAUUGAUGGAGGUGGGACCAGAACUCCUUAUGUAAAGGUUUAUUAUUCAUUUGUCUUGUAUUUGCUACCAUAUCACUGUAAAGAAAAAAAUAACACUAUCAGCUAUUUUUUCAUUUUUUACUUCCAACUAUUUUAGAUUUUUUUACUUGAUAUAUAUACAGAUAUAUAUAUAUAUAUAUAUAAAGAAAAAGCUAUAUUAUAUCUAGUUGUGUAUUGAGACUUGUUAUGGGAGUUUUUUUCAUUUGUUUUUACCCACUGGAAAAUUAACAGUACAAUUCAUGUAUUUGUAACCUUCAUCCUUGAAUAGUAUCAUAACACAGAGAAGCAGCACUGCAGGAUCUUAUCCAAUAUUCAUGAUGUUGUUUCAGUCAAAGGUCUCUGUUGCUGUGACAUGGGAAAUGACAAAAAUCUCAUCCAAUUCUAUGGCUCUAUUAACUGAAUUGUUAGAUAAUCGUCAUAACACAUUUGGAAAUCUCUCCUGACCUUAACUCACCAUGCAGUGCUGGCUGACAUGAAUUAUGAUUUACAAGACCCAGUGCAAUGAUUUAUUGGAAAAACUGAGAAUCUGGCUAAAUUGUUGUUCUAUCUGUCAAAUAUUUACCACAGUAUACUCGCCAGUUUAAUUUCACACACACUGUAGUCACAAUUUCUGAAAAAUUUGUUUUUAUUCCCCCAUAGAAAACAGUCCUUCCUAUGUUUUAAAGACACCUCUCUCAGUUCCUCAUGUUGCACCCAGCCUGAAGGACAAACACAAGGCACAUCCUGGGAGCAAUCCUGUGAACUCAUUAUCCAAUAGCUCAAAGAAACCAUAUAUAGGCCUACUCAAACCAAGAAAAUAACAUUUUUCCCUUCAAAAAGACUGCAAAUCAAGUACUCUGUCUAGUUCAUCUAAAUAUAUAUAUAAGUACCUUUCCUCAUCAUAGCAUUAAAAAUUUCAAGAUGUUACAAAACAAGUCAUGCAAGUGUAAUGUGAGCUGUAAAAAAAAAAAAAAAAAGUUCUCAGCAGUGAAAAUAAACCUGCAAUCUUGUAAUCAGUA